ACAUUUUUUCGCUCGGGGAGGAAAAUAACAACCAGCAUUAUUGUCUGCUGAGGAUUUAUUUCUCACAAUAUGUUGAUUCUUUCUACAGGAACCAGGUGCUCUCUAGCAAUUGUAGCGAUCUUCGUUUGUGCAGUCAGCGGUCAAUUCACAUUUACCGGGUUCCCAACUGCCCUGAAGGACAGCAGACACACAGUAACCUGCAGCUACCCGGGCGCUACCAGUUACACGUGGAGAUUCCGCGGAGGAACAUACAUGUAUUACGGGGCAGCAUAUACAUUCACUACUGAUGGCGCUAAACAUGACGGUGUGUGGGAAUGUGAUGCAGUCGUCAACGGAGUCAAGAAAACUGGGAAGAUAAAUCUGCUGCUAUAUUGUGAUGGAGUAUAUGUAACCGGUGCAACAACUACAAACCCUUCCAUUGGAGACCCCAUAGAACUGAGCUGUAAAGUCCUCAAUCCUUCAGGAAGUCAGGUGCAGUGGUUACUGACCAUCCCAGGCGCCAAUGAGAAGGGUAUUGCUGCAGUUACCAGAUCAAGAUGUGAAUAUUACCAUGCAGAAAAUGACAACAUAAAGUUUGCUCCAUCAACAACUUGUGCAACAUCGACGACCAAUCAUUUCUUCACACUUAACAUUACAAAAGUGAGCUCGGCACAUGUAGGAUACUGGACAUGUUAUGACUUCGGGGAAAGAGGUUGUUACAGCAAGCCUGUGAGAAUAGCUAUAGCAAAGCCCCCGAAAGAUCCCCCAACCCUGACCGGCUUUAACAAUCCAAUCGUUGGGCAUGACCACAAUCUAACGUGCGAUGCCUGGCAACCGGACGUCCGUCCACUGACCUACACCUGGUACAAAGAUGGUGUACAGGUAUCGUAUGGGAAUACAUCAACAUGGCGGCUGCAACCGGUAAAGAGGGAAUCCGCCGGCAGAUACAAAUGUGAAGGUGUUGACAAGGUGAAGAAUCUGAAGGUUGAGGCCGAGGACACUCUUAUCGUUUAUUAUGUACCAAAGUGGGACCCAACAGUUGUGUAUGAGGCGGAAACGCUUGCAGUGAUCGGUGGAAGCGUCAACUUUACAUUGGCUAUCUUAGUCUAUCCUUUACCAACCUCAAUCGAGCUGUAUAAAUUGAAGGGCAACACAGUGACAAAUGUCAAGUGCGUCAUAACGAAGUUGAGCGACACCACGUGGAUUUUGACUAUUCCUUCAGUUGAGGAAGAGGACUAUGGAUUUUACAAAGCAAACGUCACCAAUGCGGCUGGAAGGGCUAUCUUCACGUUCAAUUUAACGAGACCUCACAUCCCCGAUGCGCCAUCUAAUCUGAAGAUACGUGUAACGGGCACUUAUGACGUGAUAGUGACCUAUACAUCUGGCUCUGAUGGCGGAGCACCACAAACCUUCACCAUUGAGUACAAUGUCAUGGACAGACAUCCCCAAGUCAUCCAGGGAAUCGAAGACCCGAAGAACACGAGAACCGUCACUUACACCAUACGUCACCUAUUGGCAGGCACGACAUACUACAUCAAAGUGAAAGCUGUCAACGAGGUUGGUGUGAGCAAGUUCACUGAAACAGCAAAGAUAAAGACAAGUGGAAUUGCACUUACCGCAGGGGAAAUAGCCGGUGCCGUCGUCUCCGUCAUCCUCUUUGUUGUACUCAUGGCUGUUGUUAUUGUUGUCGUGAUGCAGAGAAGGAACGUCGCCUGUUGCGCAGGGCAAGCUGAUACCCGCGCGCCGGACUUGAGCCUCGCCGUGGCAAACUCAGUCGGUGGAGAUGCAGCGAAUGGAACUAACCCGGCAUUCGAAGGCGAGACAGAGCCAGUAUAUGUCAAUCAACCACAGCCAGGCAGAGCUCCCGAUUCAGUGGUUUAUGAAGACAUGUCAACACCUUACAAUCCAUACGAAGGACUAAACAUGACAGCAAGAGCUGAGGAGGACCAGCAGUACGAGUCACUGAAGAUUGAAAAUACAAAAGUCUAGUCAAUCCAUCCAAGUCGGAUCUUCUCUCAAAAAAAUAUUCUAACAGUGCUUCGAAGGAAAUGCUUCUAUCCCAUGGCGCCGGGCAAGACGCCCAUCAGAAGUAUUGUAUUUUUAGCAAAAGGGAAAUAACGACUCUUUUGUUUGGAGACAAAAUAAUAAUUUUUACUAAUUUACAAGAGAGAUGAUCCCCCAGCGAAGACUUUCACAAUGGCGCUUCUUAGUUGCCAUGGUUCUACAAGUGAUAGCCUCCGCAUAAACCUUAAAAAUACGGAUCAUUUUAAGCGAAUCAUACUAUCCAAGUUGAAAUUGAAAGAUUUCUGUAAUAAUGUCAUCUUAGAUUUUCUUAAACAAUUGUUGUAUCAAAUGUACAUGCACAUGUAGAGAAAACUGAAUACGAUAUUAACUAAAGACUGUCGUUAUUAAUGGGAACCUUAUCUGGAUUUUAACAGAGAGCACUACGCAUUUUUAUCGAUUUGGGAAGGCUAUUGCUUCAAUUUAUGUAUUCUGCUCUCACUUGACCAAAAAAUGUUGUCCUUUAGACAAAUGUAUUUUUGAUGGAUGUAAAUGGGUCUAUCUUGUUCUAAAUACUAUCUUCUUUGGGUCCAUGGUCUGGAUUUCAAUCUGCAGCCGGCUUUUCUAUGAUUUCAUGAGGCUGGUAUUUGUGUGUCAUUUAGAACAGGUCAUCUAUCCUCCAGCAAAGCCGCAAUAUGUUUUUCAUUCCAUCUGCCGCACGUGAUUGUUCAAUUACCAUGACAUAAAACUGUGUAUUCAGCAAAAACUGUAAACUGUAAUUAAACAUUAUAAACAGGC